AUGAAAGAGACUCUGCGCAAGAAGACGGCCAAGACCGACUCCAAUAGUGAAUUCGAUACAGCCAGUGAGGCUCCUUCUAAUCCAUGGGCAAGCGAGACUUCUUCUGCUGUCAAUGGUGAUACGCUUUCUCGCCAGUCCACAAAGGCAUCCAAGAGCCCAGAUACCGUUUCUCCAAACAGAAGUAUUCCACCAUCUGUGACCGAGGAAAAGCAUCAAUCACCACCACCCACGCCUGCUGCUCGAUUGGAUGUUCCUGGUGCGGACAAUGGGACUGACGACGCAUCAAAACCAACCCGCCGAAGAAAGACCAUAACUAAAAAACCACAUACGUUCGAACUUGAGGCGGAUCUGAAUCCUGUUAAACCUAAGGAACAGCCACCCGCUAUGCCCUCCGAACCACCCAAACCAGAGACGCCAGCUCCUAAAAAGAAGAAACGUGUAUCUCAACCCCCUGCCGCGGAAACACCACCGGCUGUCACCAUCAACUCUCUUCCUUCAGUCCAACAAGCUCCUCCUGCCCUUUCACCUGCAGUUGCAUCUCCGAAGCCUCCCCCUGCAGCUCCAAUGUCUCCCCCAAUACAAUCACCUCCUCAAAUGACAGCUCCAGCUUCACCUAAGCCACCAUCGACACCUUCGACACCUUCGACACCGAUAGCAAAUAACCCCUUCACUGCUCACCGAACCAAGAAAUCAGUAUCAUCAGCCCCCAUUCAAAUAGCAGGUUCGAACCCGUGCCGCUUCUCUCCGCCGCGUUUGGCGGAUGAAGCCUUCUAUGGGAAAGUCAUAGUAUUGACCCACGGGGCGAGUCAAACCGGGCAAGCCUUGAUCCGCCAGUUCCACGCCGCAGGAUGCCGCAUCAUCUUCGGCGACACGAAUGGAGAUCAAGCUCGCAAACUCAUCUCGAGCCUGCCUCCGCCACAUGUAGUGCAUUUCAACAAGUGUGAUCUCACCAGUUAUUCCGACAUUCUGGAACUAUUCAAGUUGGCAACCACGAUGUACGGUCGUGUGGACCACGCCAUAUUUGGUGUAGGCGACGAUGGUGGUCAAGCUCGAACGGUUGGCGAGGGUGAAAAAGGCUGGUUUGAAGAUAGACCAGGGGUGAACAAGACUUUUCGAAUGGCCGUGAGCGAGAUUGAGCGGGAACCUUAUGGUCUAGGGGAUAUACUCACUGCGAGUGUCAGAUUUGCACGCAUAGCCAUGGCAUACCUGAAAUACUCGCCAAAGUCGAAGCCAAAAAAGAAAAUCGUCAACCCUUACGCAAAGACCGAGCCAGAGCCAUCAGCCGGGUUCCCGGCAAAAGACGAUCGAAGCUUGACCUUCGUCACGAGUAUUGCCGCCUUCAAGGAGACGCCCAUGUUACCGAUCUACCAAAUCACGCAGCACUCGAUACUGGGCCUUGUACGCAGUCUACGCAGUACCGUCGAUCCUGACCCUGAGCGAGACGGAGUUCGAAUCAAUGCAGUAGCCACAAAUGUUAUGGUUCCUCGUGCUGUGGCCCAGUCUGGCGGACGGAUGUCGGUUGCACUUCCACCUGAUCGUCCUGAAGACGUGGCGCGAGUGGUGGCAGGCGUGGUAGCGACCAGCACGUCCAAUACCGGGAAUGACACAGGAGUCACACAUGGUGGAGGAAUCUGGUAUGAGAAAGGGUACGAGAGAGGUAUGACAGAGCGGUACCUUCACGGCCGAGUGAUCUAUAGUGUCGGACUUGACUGCUGGGAUGUACAGGAAGGCAUGGAUCGAAGUGAGCCUGUAUGGAUGGGAGCAAAAUCUAGUGAUGCUUUGGCAAGGGCAAUGAACGGUCUGAACGUUGGGUCUGCUGCCGUUACUGGGCAAGGGAGCAAUUGGAUCUUGGAUUUCGUCUGA